AAAUUUUGUUUAGUGUUCACAUAUGUAAGCGAUGGCAACUCUGUUGCCCAACAAGUGUCAGAUAAAAUAAAGCAAGUGGCAGUAACCAAAAGGGCACAGUCAACAAGCAACCGUCAGCGAGUGAACCAUGGAUAAUAUGAUACGAAACUUUAGCAUUGGCUCUCUUUUUCUGUCAAACGCGUUCCCUGAUUAUUUGACAGCGAUGGAGAUCAAGGAAUUUUUGACAGUUGACUUCAGAAAAGGCGGGAUGCCAGAAGUAAAGCGCUAUAAUUACUUGACGAAAUUAAUUGGCAUCAUUGACAAAUGUUAUAAAAAAUGCGAGUUUUGACAGCUCUCUCUCGAAUCAAAGAGUUUCGUAUCAUAUUAUCUAUGGAGUGAACAACGUAAAAUGACGAGUACGAAAUAUUUGAGAACAUUCUAUAAAUUUGCAUAAGUGUAAUAUUUUCAUAUAUUUAAAUAAAGUUCUAUAUUGUUAUAAUUGUUUGACUGUCAAUUUUAACGAGUGCACACGAGUACGGUGUUUUUCUACAGUUCAGAAGUGGGAUGAUAAACCCAUACACGUCUACAUACAUAGGAAGUAUAUGUGCGUUGGUGAAGGGCUAUAGGCACCGGCAGAUAUAUAUACACGAUACGUAAAAACGAUACGAUGGCGAAAAUCAGUGAUUUGAAGGUGGAACAACUGAAGAGGUUGCUACGGGAAAGGCAAUUAGCGACGACUGGCACGCGAGACCAAUUGUUGCAACGUCUUAGCGCAUAUGAGGAGUCCGACGAGGUGGACAUCCAAGAGAUCAACGUUACGGAGGAGUCAUCCGAGAUAUCAACGGUGGCACAACUGCAGCAGGAGAUGAAGCAGUUACGCGAAAUGAUGGUACAGCUACUACAAGCACAAAACAACGGCACUGGUACAGCCAGCAUGCAAGAGGUACAAAACGCAAAUAGCAACGAUAGCGCAGUCGUAGUCAACGGCGGCGCAGGCGUUCAGAGUCACGCCACUGACGCUAUUUCAACGAACGACGACAGCACGGUGGCAACUAACAAAAACGUUACAACACGCAUUCAAAGCAACGGGGAUAUUUCUGCGAACGGGAAUAUUUCAACGAACGGGAAUAUGCGACACGCGUCAGUAAAAGAAAUUGCAAAUACCCUGCCGGAAUUUGAUCCAACGAAUAACGCAAGCAUUACGGUAGAGCAAUUUAUUGACAGAGUCGAUCGAGUAGUGGAAGCAUAUAGAUGGGACGAGAAAUUUUUAUUGUUGGCUAUUUAUACACGUUUAAGAGGAGUUGCACGUAUGUGGUUGGAUGCAUCACCCACAUUACACACAACUUGGGGAAAUUUUGCUGAUGCGUUACGACACGAAUUUGGUUCAGAUCGAGACGAGGCAGAAAUUCAUUUCGUGAAAGAAUAUUGUUUUCGAGUGGCGGCACUAGGUAUACGUUACAAACUGAGUGAGGCAGCCAUUAUACGUUAUGCAAGAGCUGGGUUAAAACAUAGAGAACUCCAACAAAGCAUUACAGCAAUGAAGUUUACAACAAUGAAGCAGAUGAGAGACGCCAUCGAGGACUAUUUCAUUAAUCGCGGAGUGAGCCACAAGUACAUCAACCAAGCAAGCGAGACAACAAUAACGAAAAAUAUGCUGAGUCAACGAAACAAAAUGAUGAAUUUAAAGCACAAUUGA